AUGCUGAGAGCGAAUCGGAUUAUCGGACCACGACUUUGUCAGCUACGAGCGUAUAAUUUCAGAAAUGAAGAGGUCAAGCUUCCAGGAAUGAAGGAAGAAGUAGAAUUGAGCGAAGAAAUGCGCAAGAUCGAGAAGGCUCUGCUGGAAGGUGCAAAAGACUCCCCAGAAUUGCUGAAAGAAAUUAGAGGGAUUUAUAGCCCGUACAAAGCGCUGAAUAUCCCUGAGACAGCAACGCAGCAAGAAAUACGCGAUACAAUCAGUCUGAGAAGAAGGCAGUAUCAAGCUCAAAUCGAAGAUGUUCAAAAACGCCUUCAUGCUAAUUCAACUCCUGAUUCUGAUUCUGCUCUGAUAGCGACUGCUAAUGAUCAAAUAGCGAAGCUAGAACAAAGUCUAGCCGAAGUCAACGAAGUCGAGAACCUUUUAGGAUCGAUACAAGCGCGGCGAAAAUUUGAUCAAGAGUACGCGCUACAAGUUCAUCAAGUAAUUUGGAAUGAUCUCUCCAGGGGCGAGAAGAUCCGACAUCAGUUAGCCAAGGUCAUCAGAUCUAUCAAUUACCUUUUUUCUCAAGCGGUUUAA